UGGAUUGUUUGGUCAUUUUGAUUUUUAAAAUUAAAAAGAAUCUUAAUUCUCAUAUUGUUUUGAGUAAAAUUAUAACUUGUAAGGCAACUCCAUGAUUUUUAUAAAUUUUUAAGAAAUAAUUGCUCUGCCAGUUGACUGUCCCAACAACAGUGUUCCGGGGUAUUUUUUUUCCUCCACAUCCUCACCACUUGUUACCUUUUGUCUUUUUAAUAAUAGCAAUCCUAAGACAUGUGAAGUGAUACCUCACUGUGAUUUUGAUUCGCAUUUUCCAGAUAAUUAGUCUAUUCAAGCCCUUUACUUUUUUUUUUUUCUUUUUGAAAUGGAUUCUCACUCCAUCGCCCAGGCUGGAGUACAAUGGCACGAUCUUGGCUCACUGCAACCUCCGCCUCCCAGGGAGGCAUGAUUAACCCCAUGCCUGGCUAAUUUUUGUAUUUUAGUAGAGAUGAGGUUUCACCAUGUUGUCCAGGCUGGUCUCAAACUCCUGAUCUCAGGUGAUCCACUUUGCUCGGCCUCCCAAAGUGCUGGGAUUACAGGCGUGAGCCACCACACCCAGCCCCUUUGCUCAUUUUUAAUAGGAAAGAAAGACUUAGUUAGGUCUCAUAAAACCCAGAAGAGGAAGAGGAAAGCAAAGGAGUCAGGGAUGGCUCUUCCUCAGGGUCUAUUGACAUUCAGGGAUGUGGCCAUAGAAUUCUCUCAGGAGGAGUGGAAAUGCCUGGACCCUGCUCAGAGGACUCUAUACAGGGACGUGAUGUUGGAGAAUUAUAGGAACCUGGUCUCCCUGGAUAUCUCUUCCAAAUGCACGAUGAAGGAGGUCUUGUCAACAGCGCAAGGCAACAGAGAAGUGAUCCACGCAGGCACAUUGCAAAGACAUGAAAGUCAUCACAUUGGAGAUUUUUGCUACCAGGAUGUUGAUAAAGAUAUUCAUGACUUUGAAUUUCAAUGGCAAGAAGAUGAAAGAAAUGGCCAUGAAGCACCCAUGACAAAAAUCAAAAAGUUGACUGGUAGUACAGACCGAUAUGAUCAAAGUCAUGCUGGAAACAAGCCUAUUAAAGAUCAGCUUGGAUCAAGCUUUCCUUCGCAUCUGCCUGAAAUGCACAUAUUUCAGACCGAAGAGAAAAUUGAUAAUCAAGUUGCAAAGUCUGUCAAUGAUGCUUCCUCGGUUUCAACAGCCCAAAGAAUUUCUUGUAGGCCCAAAACCCAUAUAUCUAAUAACUAUGGGAAUAAUUUCCGGAAUUCUUCAUUACUCACACAAAAACAGGAAGUACACAUGAGAGGAAAAUCUUUCCAAUGUAAUGAGAGUGGCAAAGCCUUUAAUUAUAGCUCACUCUUAAGGAAACAUCAGAUAAUCCAUUUAGGAGAGAAACAAUAUAAAUGUGAUGUAUGUGGCAAGGUCUUUAAUCAGAAGCAAUACCUUGCAUGCCAUCGUAGAUGUCACAAUGGUGAGAAACCUUACAAGUGUAAAGAGUGUGGCAAGACCUUCAGUCAGGAGUCAUCCCUUACAUGCCAUAGGAUAAUUCAUACCGAAGAGAAACCAUACAAGUGUAAUGAGUGUGGCAAGACCUUUAGGCAGAAGUCAAUACUUACACGCCAUCAUCGACUUCAUACUGGAGAGAAACCUUACAAGUGUAAUGAAUGUGGCAAGACCUUUAGUCACAAGUCAUCCCUUACAUGCCAUUGUAGACUUCAUACUGGAGAGAAACCUUACAAGUGUAAUGAGUGUGGCAAGACCUUUAGUCACAAGUCAUCCCUUACAUGCCAUUGUAGACUUCAUACUGGAGAGAAACCUUACAAAUACAAUGCUUACAAGUGUAAUGAGUGUGGAAAGACCUUUAGCCGGACAUCAUCCCUUACAUGCCAUCGUAGACGUCAUACUGGAGAGAAACCUUACAAAUGUGAAGAAUGUGACAAAGCUUUCCGUUUCAAAUCAAACCUUGAAAGACAUAGGAGAAUUCAUAGUGGAGAGAAACCAUACAAGUGUAAUGAGUGUGGCAAGACCUUUAGUCGGAAGUCAUACCUUACAUGCCAUCAUAGACUUCAUACUGGAGAGAAAGCUUACAAGUGUAAUGAGUGUGGCAAGACCUUUAGUUGGAAGUCAUCCCUUACAUGCCAUCGUAGACUUCAUUCUGGAGAGAAACCUUACCAGUGUAAGGAGCGUGGCAAGACCUUCCAUCAGCAGUUAACACUUAAACACCAUCGUAGACUUCAUAGUGGAGAGAACCCUUACAAAUGUGAAGAUAAUGACAAAGCUUACAGUUUCAAAGCAAACCUUGAAACACAUCAGAAAAUUCAUACUGAAGAGAAACCUUACAAGUGUAAUGAGUGUGGCAAGACCUUCAGCCGGACGUCAUCUCUUACAUGCCAUCGUAGACUUCAUACCGGAGAGAAACCUUACAAAUGUGAAGAAUGUGACAAAGCUUUCCAUGUGAAAUCAAACCUUGAAGGACAUAGGAGAAUUCAUACUGGAGAGAAACCGUACAAGUGUAAUGACUGUGGCAAGACCUUUAGUCGGAAGUCAUAUUUUAUAUGCCAUCGUAGACUUCAUACUGGAGAGAAACCUUAUAAGUGUAAUGAGUGUGGCAAGAACUUUAGUCAGAAGUCAUCCCUUAUAUGCCAUCGUAGACUUCAUACUGGAGAGAAACCUUACAAGUGUAAUGAGUGUGGCAAGACCUUUAAUCAGAAGUCAAACCUUACAUGCCAUCGUAGACUUCAUACUGGAGAAAAACCUUACAAGCGUAAUGAAUGUGGUGAGGUUUUUAAUCAACAAGCACAGCUUGCAGGUCAUCAUAGAAUUCAUACUGGGGAGAAACCUUAGAAAUAUGAAGCAUGUGAUAAAGUUUACAGUUGCAAAUCCAGCCUCAAAAGACAGGAGAAUUCAUACUGGAGAGAAAGCUUAUAAAUGUGAAGAAUGUCACAAAGUUUACAGUCGCACAUCAAACCUUGAAAGACAUAGGAGAAUUCAUACUGGAGAGAAACCAUAAAAAUGUAAGAGUUUGUGACAAGGCUUUUGGGCGUGAUUCACACCUGGCACAACAUCCUAGAAUUCACACUGGAGAGAAACCUUACAAGUGUAAUGAGUGUGGCAAAGCCUUUAGUGGGCAGUCAACACUUGUUUACCAUCAGGCAAUCCAUGGUGUAGAGAAACUUUACGAAUGUAAUGAUUGUCACAAAGUCUUCAGUAACACUACAACCAUUGUGAGUCAUUGGAGAAUCCAUAACGAAGAGAGAUAAUACUAGUGUAAUAAAUUUGGCAAAUUUUUCAGACAUUGUUCAUUCCUUGCAAUUCAUCGGUGAACUCAUGCUGGAGAGAAACCUUACAAAUGUCAUGACUGCAGCAAGGUCUUAGUCAAGUUUCAUCCUAUGCAAAACAUAGGAGAAUUCAUACAGGAGAGAAACCUCACAUGUGUGAUGAUAGUGGCAAAGCCUUCACUUCACACCUCAUGAGACAUCAGAGAAUGCAUACUGGACAGAAAUCUUACAAAUGUCAUCAAUGUGCCAAGGUCUUCAGUCUGAGUUCACUCCUUGCAGAAUAUGAGAAAAUUCAUUUUGGAGGUAGUUGCUCCAUAUGCAAUGAGUAGAGCGAACCAUCAAGCAUUAAUUGACAUUAGGGUCAAUUCAGCAUUGACCUGAGUUUGUAUUGACUUAACAUUGAGUUCAAGCAUUAAUUGACAUUAGUGUUUAUGUUAAGAGGAUUCGGCCAGGCACAUCGGCUUACACCUGAAAUCCGAGCACUUUGGGAGGCCAAGGUGGGUAGAUCACUUGAGGUCAGGAGUUUGAGAUAAGCCUGGCCAACAGACGUGAGCCAUUUUCCCAGCCUGUUUUUUGUUUCUUUAAAAAAACUGAUAAGGAUUUUUAUGGAUAUCAUGUUGAAUCUAAAUCACGUUGGGUUAUAUAAUCAUUUAACAAUAUUAAUUUUUCCAAGCCAUCAAUAUGGGUUGUAGCUCUGUGUUUUUAAUCAUUUUGAUCAAUGUUUGUAGAUUUCAAGGUACAAACUGCUGACCUUUUUACGUUUAUUUCUAAGUAUUUCUUACUUUAAGUUCUCCAGCAAAUGGAAGUGUUUUACAAUUUUCUUUUAAAAUUGUUUAUUGUUAAAGUAUGGAAAUUCAACUAAUUUAUGGUGCUGAUACUGCAUUGUGCAAAUCCACUGAAUAUGUUACUUAGUUCCAGUAGUAUUUUGGUUGACUCUUUGUGAUUUUCUACACAGAAGAUUAUGUCAUCUACAAACAAAUAUAAUUUUACUUCUUA